AUGUCAGGGAAACGUAUUCUUGUUUUUGCACUGCUGGCUGCACUGCUGGUGUCUGGUUCAGCCUCCUCACCUGAACCCUCUGCAUCCGGAGAAGCAAAGGAGGCGAAAAUCCUACAGCGACUUCUAAACAGGCGGGAGAUGAUCAGAGGCUCAAAGCCGGCGCCUCAGACUCGGGUGGAGAGACGGCCGCACCUGUCGGAAGAUGAACGCGAGAUUAUGACCAAACAAAUAAUGCAAGCAAUCUCAGAGAUGAUGAACUCUGAAUGCAUGACGGAUCGGGACUACCAGGGUUGGGUGGACUUCGGACGCCGGGAUGCAGAAUGAAGCAAAACCACGACAACAGCAGCAUGGGAGCUCACAUUUCCUGCUUUUUUUAUCCAGAUUUUAUAAAAACUCAAUGUCUUACUUCACCUGCAAGUUUGAAAAUAAACUAUUUUGCAGAAUCAUCA